UUGAUCAAAUUAGACCAAAUGAUGUCGAUGAUAUAAUAAGUGCUGAGUUACCAAACCCCGAAAUAGAUCCUGAAUUAUUUGAAAUAGUUAAAAAACACAUGGUACAUGGGCCAUGUGGUCAUAUGCAUCCAAAUUCUCCAUGUAUGGGAGAAAACCAAAAAUGUUCAAAAAGGUAUCCGAAAGCAUUUACUAACAGUACUAUUACUGAAUAUGAUGGUUAUCCUUUAUACAGACGAAGGGAUUUUAGAAGUGGUGGAUUUAAAUCAACUGUAUUACGAAAUUCGACCUUGGUAGAAAUUGAUAAUAGAUUUAUUGUUCCAUACAAUUCAUUACUAUUAAAAACAUUCAAUGCUCAUAUUAAUGUUGAAUGGUGUCAUUCAGUAAAAUCAAUUAAAUACAUUUGUAAAUAUAUUAAUAAAGGGUCUGAUCAAGCUAUAUUUGCAUUAACGAAUAAAUUUGAUGAAGUUGGAAUUUAUCAAAUUGGACGAUAUAUUAGUACCAACGAGGCAGUUUGGAAAAUAUUAGGAUUUCCGUUGCAUCAAAGGCAUCCAGUCGUACAGCACUUGGCAGUUCAUUUGGAAAAUGGUCAGAGAGUAUAUUUUUCAUCCGCAGAUAAUGUUCAGCAUAUUUUAAAUCAUUCAAAAAACACUACAUUAUUGGCAUUUUUUGAUCUGUGUCAAGUUGAUGAUUUUGCUAAAACAUUAUUAUAUCAUGAAGUGCCAAAAUAUUUCACAUGGGACUCAAAUAACCAUACAUUUAGUAGGCGAAAAAGAGGGAAACUUUUGGAAAAUAAUAUAUAUUCUACGGAUGCAAUCGGCAGGGUUUAUACAGUACAUCCAAAUAAUGCAGAAUGCUAUUUUUUGAGAUUAUUACUACACGUGGUUAAAGAUGAUGACAGUCAUUGGUCAUUGACAUUGACCGAAGCUUCACUGAAUGAUUCGUCUUCAAAGUUACGAUAUUUAUUUGCACUCAUGUUGAGUGCGUGUCAAAUAUCAGAUCCACUUGAAUUAUGGAUUUUACACCGUAAUAGUAUGUCUGAUGAUAUUUUACAUCAAUCAAAG